AGCAGCUUUUCCUAAUCAGCUUAUUCACCAAUACCUUUGCCAGUGCCUGCAACUCUUCCUUCCUUCGUCCUCGAGGAAGACCAGGCAAAAUGUCCCACAAGGCUGCAAUUGCGCAGCUUCGGGCUCAACGCCUUGCUGGCAAGACGCGUCUGGAAACCUAUCAAAUCGAGGACCAAGGUGCCAUCUACGACGAAGUAGACGAAGACGGCUACAAGAAGGUGGUUCGCAGCCGCCUCGACCAAGAUGACUUUGUCGUCGAUGAUAACGGCGAGGGCUAUGCGGACGAUGGCCGCGAAGAAUGGCAAAACGAGCGCCAGUACUACAGCAGCGACGAUGCCGAAGAUGUUCCUCUGAAGGGAAACGCCUCGAAACGGAAACGCGAAGAGACCCGUGAGAAAGAUGAGCGCACAAAUCACAAAAUCCUCAACUACUUCAACAAUGCUCCUGUUACAGCACCAAAGCCAAAGAUUCAAACCACCGCUGAAGACGAGGCCUUUAUGGCAGACCUGCUCGGAGAAGUUGAUGCCAAUAUCCUGCCAACCCGCACAUACACCAAAAAACCCGUCAAGUCUGAGAAUCGCCGCAAAGUUAGAGUGUUGUCUCCACCAUUGACCCAAGAACGACCCCGUCCAAAGUACAAGGCUCCGACUACAGAUCUUGUUGAUACGCCUCCUGCACAAGAUGCUGCCCCCGAAGACGAUGUGAUGCACAACUUUGACGACGAUGAUAAUAUCAUGAGUGAUCCUUUGCCAUCAUCGCCUGUGGUCAAAGCUGUGGAGCGCAAGGCCAAACUUACCAUCAAGGAGGAGGAGAAUGAUGACGAUGACGAUGUGAUGGAUGUUGUCCAAGUCGUUGCUCAUGAAGGAGUACAGAGCGCAAGCGUCAAUAUGACAGGCAGCCGGCCUCCCCCGAAGAUCAAGUCUGCACAGCUACCGACACCUAACAAUUCGUCUCCUCCUCUACCGGCGGUGAAUGAUGUGGAUGCAUCGUCAUGGAACAACAUCACCAGUAAGCUCAACAUCCAGAGCAGUCCAUCUUCGGAAAAUUACAUAUUCGGGAAAAUGAAACCUCAAGACGCGGUCGAGGAAGAUGGCAGUCUUCGCUUCUUCUGGCUCGACUACACCGAGGUCAAUGGCAGUUUGUGUUUAUUCGGAAAGGUCAAGCACAAGUCGACAGGACGCUACCUCAGCGCAUUUGUCAAGGUGGAUAAUGUUCUUCGCAAACUCUUCUUUCUUCCGCGGAAAUAUCGACAUUGCAAUGGCCGCGAGACGCAAGAGGAAGUCGAGAUGGCAGAUGUGUACAACGAAGUUGAUGCGUUGAUGUCGAGGAUGAAAGUCACCACCCGAAAAGUCAAGCCCUGUACAAGAAAGUACGCGUUUGAGCUGCCUGAUGUGCCCAAGGAAGCGGAGUAUCUCAAGCUACUCUAUCCCUACGAUAACGCGGCGCUGCCAAUGGAUCUGCAGGGAGAAACAUUCUCCCGUGUCUUCGGGACGAACACGGCUCUGUUUGAGCAGUUUGUGCUGUGGAAGAACAUCAUGGGUCCAUGCUGGCUGAACAUUGAGGAUGCGGAUUUCACUGCCGUUAACAAUGCCUCCUGGUGCAAGCUUGAAUGCGCCGUCACCAGACCCGCAAAUAUCACCGUUCUCAAGGAUUCCGACAAGGUUGAAGCUCCACGACUCACUUUAAUGUCCUUGGCUUUCCGCACCCAACUCAACGUGAAGGAAAAUAAACAAGAAAUCCUGGUGGCUAGCGCCAGAAUCUACGAGAAUGUAUCCUUGACCGACACCACGCCUCCAGAGAAACUUCCCUCGAGGACAUUCACGGUCAUGAGGCCAUCGGGCUCAUCCUAUCCGCUAGGCUUCGAAGCGGAGACGAAGAAGCAGAAUGGCACAUUCAUGCUCGAAAAGAGCGAACAGUUCCUGCUCAGCAAGUUCUUGGCUCUAUUCGAGAAGGUUGAUCCCGAUGUCUUGAUGGGCCACCAGCUGCAGGAAGUCGAUUAUAGUAUCCUCCUGAGCCGUCUCAAGGAAAAGAAGACCCCUGGAUGGCAUCGCAUCGGCCGACUGAAGAGGGGCGAAUGGCCCAAAACCUUUGGCAAAGGUGGUUCAUCAUUCUUCGCCGAACGUCAACUACUUGCCGGGCGAUUGAUGUGUGAUCUCGCCAACGACAUGGGCAAGUCUCUAAUGACAAAAUGUCAGCAAUGGAGCUUGACCGAGAUGUGUGAGCUGUAUCUGGGGCCGGACAACCCGAGACGCGAUCUUGACAACGAAGCGGCUUUGAAAACCUGGGCAACUACCCGCGACGGGUUGAUAAACUAUGUCAACCAUUGCCAUGCCGACACAUUCUUCAUUGCUGCCCUCGUCCUCAAAUUGCAAAUGUUGCCCUUGACCAAAGUGCUGACGGAGCUUGCCGGAAACUCGUGGGCUCGUACUUUGAGCGGGACGAGAGCAGAACGGAACGAAUACAUUCUUCUGCACGAGUUCCACCGCAAUAAGUACAUCUGUCCCGACAAGGAGUAUGGCAAGGGCCGUGCCAAGCACAAUGAAGAGAACGAGGAUGGCGAAGAAGGCGCCGACACCAAGAAGAAGGACAAGUACAAAGGAGGUCUUGUCUUUGAACCGGAGAAAGGCUUGUAUGACAAGUUCAUCCUGGUGAUGGACUUCAACAGUCUGUAUCCGAGCAUCAUCCAGGAGUACAACAUCUGCUUCACCACCGUUGAUCGAUCAACGACAUCUGAGAACGAGAACGAGGAAAAGGUGCCCGAGGUGCCUGACGAACAAACACAGGGGAUCCUACCAAAGCUCAUUUCCACCCUCGUCAAACGUCGGCGAGAGGUCAAGAAGCUGAUGAAGGAUAAACGGGCAACUGCCGAGGACCUGGCUCUUUGGGAUACCAAACAACUUGCGCUUAAACUGACAGCCAAUUCCAUGUACGGCUGCUUAGGUUAUACGCAAUCGCGCUUUUACGCCCGACCUUUGGCCAUGCUGGUCACCUUCAAAGGCAGAGAAAUCUUGAGAAGCACCAAGGAGCUUGCGGAGAGCAAUCAACUACAAGUCAUCUAUGGCGACACGGAUUCCGUCAUGAUCAACACGAACGCGGACAACAUUGCACAAGCGUUGAGUGUGGGUGUUGAUUUCAAACGCUCGGUGAAUGAACGCUACAAGCUGCUUGAGAUCGACAUUGACAAUAUCUUCCGGCGCCUGUUGCUCCAUGCGAAGAAGAAGUAUGCAGCGAUCAACAUGGCCGAGGUUGACGGCAAGUACGUGGAGAAGCUUGAAGUCAAGGGUCUUGACAUGAAGCGGCGAGAAUAUUGUGCUCUUUCCAAAGAGGCUUCCCAGAGACUUCUUAACGAGAUUUUAUCUGGAGAAGACCCGGAAGUGGUUUUGGAAAAGAUCCACGAGUAUUUGCGAGAGUUGGCGGGCAAAAUGAGGGAAAACGCCAUCCCUGUCCAGAAAUAUGUCAUCUAUACGAAACUCGGCAAGAAUCCAAAAGAGUAUCCCAACGCGGACUCGAUGCCGCAGGUGCAGGUGGCACUUCGGGAAAUUGCUCGAGGCAAGACGGUCAGGGUCAACGAUGUCAUGUCGUACGUGGUGACGAUGGGAGACGAACAGACGAAGAGUCUGCCUGCACCUAAACGAUCAUACACGCCUCAGGACGUGUUGAAGCCGGAUUCCGGGCUUGUUCCGGACGUCGAAUACUAUCUGUACAAGCAAAUCUUCCCACCGAUCGAACGUCUAUGUGCACCGAUCCCUGGCACGGACUCGGUUCGACUGGCCGAAUGUCUGGGUCUGGAUGUUCGCAAGUAUCAAAUCAACACAUCGAGCGGCGGCGCCAGUCAGCAGAACAACGAGAUCACACCGCUCGAGUCACAGAUUCCCGACGACGUGCGGUUCCGAGACGCGGCUCGAUUGAGGCUCCUGUGCAGAGCAUGCAAGCAGACAACAGUCUAUGAAGGGCUCUGCGAUUCGACGGAUCUGUGCACACCCGACGGCAUCAUGUGCAGCAACGGCGAAUGCGGACACAAGUUUUCCAAUAUGGCCAUUGUCGCGCAGCUCGAGUCUCAGAUUCGAGUCCAGACUUCGGCUUACUACGAGGGCUGGCUGGUGUGCGACGACCCGUCGUGCGGCAACCGGACGAGACAGAUGUCGGUGUACGGCCAUCGAUGUCUUGGUCCCAAUGGUCGCGCUGAGGGUUGUCUCGGUCGCAUGUCGUAUGAAUACUCGGAGAAGCAGCUGUAUAACCAGCUGUUGUACUUUGCCGGGCUGUUCGAUGUGGAAAAGGCAAAGAAUAAGGCUCGAUCUGAGAAGGAGUAUGUGGAGAAGAAGGAUCGGGUCAUCGUUCUGGCGGAGACCAAUAAGGAGCGAUUCGAACCUCUCAAGGCUGUGGUCGAUGGGUACUUGAGAAAGUGUGGGAGACAGUGGGUCGAGAUGGAUAGUCUGUUUCGGUUUGCUUUGAAGUAGAUAGAGGAAGAUGGUUGGUGUUGGUCCACACGUCACUCUUUGGGUAGGUAUGUACCAACUGUGGGUAGUUGAGGGUACCGCUGUGGCUUGCCACGUUCACCGAGAAAUGAAAUGCAUCAUUCUUACAUUGCACAAGGUACACAAAUUCACCCUUUACUGUUCGGACAUUGCAUUCGCGAGACCGUCAUAACAGCAAGGCUUUGUCGAGAAUUGAUGCAAGGGAGAUUGGUUUCGAGUUGAUUGAACUUGGAGUCGCACGUUGCUGUGUACAUUACCUACCUGUACCUACCUACCUAGGUACCUAAGGCAGGUGAUCUAGUAGUACUUUGUCAAUGCCGCAAGGCUGAGCGGACAUACACACACUGCCAGUAAACGGGGAAACCGCACAACAAGCCCAUCCGGGAACGAGCAGGACCUAAUUGAAUGGAUAGAGAGGAUGUGUAUACCUGGACAUCACUGCAUGAGACAAUCAAACAACUCUCUGCUAAGAUAAGCAAGGUAGGUAUCUUUGGCCGAAUAUUAAAAGUUGUUCAAUAACGUGGUGUGAGUAAGUAGCGAAAUAAAAAGAAUAU